AUGACACGGACAGACCCACCAGACAUACUGGUAUCUACUGUGUAUCGAGAGAUUAAAGUCAGCCCAAUGCCAGGUGAGCCCAAAAUCUACCGAGCCCAGCGCAAGUGUGAUGCCUCCAAGCUCAGCUCCUCUGCCCAGGACAGCCAGCGUUACGUUCACAAGCGACAGUGUCGAAGCUUUGACUUCCUACAGUCACUAGACGGCCAGGCAGAGGCCGGAGCCGCCAUGGAGGAGUACGUGCCUGGGCGAGGUGUUCGGCAGCCCAACAGCCCUGAGCCUGCCUGGGACUCACUGGGAAGGCAGGUCCACCUCCGCUCCUCAGCUCCUGAGCUGGUUGCCAGCAGGCUGUGUGCCCACGCAGGGGAGCCCAGGGAGGCCUUCAGACCAGAGGCCAAGAAGAGAGGCAGAUCUAAGAGUGCCCCCAGGGUGAAGACCACCUACCGGCCUGUCCCGGUGGAGGUGGGCUCACCUGAGCUGUCCCGCAGGGGCCGGGAGGCGCUGCGGGGGCACAGGGAAUCUCACAAGAGGAUGGAAACAUCACCGAGGAGGGACCAGCCUCAGCCGGCCCGGACCAGGAUCAACGAGGUGCACCCCAUCAAACUGCAGCCCCAACGGGGCGAUGCCAGCCUGUACUCCCCUCUGUACGUCAGCGAGAGCAGCGAGGGCUAUGAGGAGUGCCCAGUUGGCAAGGCCGGAGCAGGAGCACACGUACGGUACCGCGUCGACAUGAAGCCCGAGGACCCGGCGAUGACCCCAUCCUCGCGGAUGUGGAAGACCCCGCAAAAGCAGAGCGCCGUGGGCAGUUGGCAGUGUCAGCCUGGACGCAGUCUGACCGUCCCAGCUAACCGGCGGGCGGGGAGGACCCACUCUCCGAGCGAGUCGUUCGGUGGCGAUUACUGGACGCUCACCGCUCACAACAACUGCUCCCCGCAUCGGUACUACCACCAGGAGGAGGGCAGGAGAGGCAUCCCGCAGCUGGUCCAGACCAUGCCAGCCUUCAGUCAGCAACCUUACCCCGACCCCAGGAGACUGUCCCGCCCAGGGGCACAGCCCAAUAUCUACUACACUGAGGAGCGGGGGAGGCCUUCACAACAUCGCUACACCUCGCCAAUGCAUUACCACGACUGGUGGGGCACAUACCGAGCUGCCCAUGCCCACCAGAGUUACCUAUCUCAAUGCCCUCCUUACUGGGAAGGCAGAGCCAGCACCCUAUCCCCUCAUGGUUCGUACUACGGCAUCGACCAGCACAGACUGGACUCCGAGUCCCGUUACUACUCCAAGUCCUGGGAUAACAUCCUGUCCCCGAGCCGACACCGGGCGGAGUUCCCGGCCACCGACUGCCGCAGCUACGAGACCCUGCCCCUGCAGGAGAGGCCUGGCCGCUCGGCCGAGUCCAGGCGCCGGCCCACCGUGGUCAACCUGUCCCGGUCCCCGCAGCGGUACGCCGCCCUCUCUCUGUCCGAGAGCUCACUGGCCGACAAGCUCCAGGGGGACGGCAGCAGGGGGAGCCAGGGGAGGGCUUGGUACAUCACCCCAGAGAUCACCAUCACCGACAACGAGCUGCGGGCUAACGGGCCGCCGCAGGCCCGGGUCAGGCCCGAGUCCGGACGGCAACAGGCCCUGGACGCCGGGCUCGGGCCCAGCAUCAUCAGGGGCUGUCCUCACCGGCCCGGGAAGCAGCAGCAGCUGGACGACGUGCUGGCCGACCUGGUAAUCGACACCUGCAAGGCCCCGACCGCCAAACCCAGCGACUCGGACGCUCUGGUUGACCAGCUGAGGAGGCUGAUUGCUGCCGAGGACCUGUCAGGUGACCGCGGCGUGAGGACCGUGCUGGUUCACACCAGCGAGCCGCAGAAGGCCAAGGCCCAGCUGGGGACGUUAGUCCCGGGCCCUGAGUCCCACAGCCUGGGCCUAGGCCUGGGCCUGGGCCCGGGCCUAUCACGGAGCCCCAGCUACCCGAGUCCGUGCGACGGGCCUCCCCAAGAUCGUGGCGUCUCGGACGACGUGGACACCAUGAUGUGCUCGAACCUCAAGUGCGGCCUAACGGAGACCCUGUUCAACGCAAGGCUUUACUUCAAGUCGUGCCACAGCUGCUACACGUACUACUGCUCACGGAACUGCCGCAAGGACGACUGGGAGAUGCACAAGGAGGCCUGCGUCUAUGGCCGGGUCAGCAGCACAUGUAAGCGGGUGCUGAGGAGCUGCCGCGAGAACCAUGCGGCUCACAAGGCCUUUUCCCGCAUCGCCAGGAUGGGCUACCUGUCCCGGGGAAAGGGGGUCCUGUUCCAGGGCUUCCCGAACCCGGGCUCGGCUGACAACUUCCUGCAGUACGGCCUGGAGAGCCUGCUGCUGGCCCCCACCUACCUGUCACUGCGGGAGCUGGACGGCUACGCUGAGCCACUGGGCGAGUACCUGAGGGAGAUCCAGGAGGCCGCCCGGCUUUACGACCCGGACGAGUGCUUCCUGCUGAACGUGUCGAUCGCCCUGGGCCAGAAGGUGCCCGAGAACCCGUCUCCCCGGCUCCAGACGCCGACGGUGCGCAGGUUUGCCAAGAUCGCGCUGGCCUCCGGUAGCCCUGAGAAGAAGGGCAAGGCGCUGAGGGCCGACGACGAGAUGGAGACCCUGAUCCUGACGCCGCCACCGGGCACCGGUGACAUUGCGCAGGAUGACGAGGCGGGACGCAGGGCCCGGGAGGUAUGCUUCAUCAACGUGCAGCGGGAGCUCCGCAUCCGAGGGGUCUUCCUGCGGCACGAGUACCCCCAGAUCUACCAGGAUCUCUGCGAGUUUGUGGAGAGCAAUAAGAGAUUUACCCCCACCACCAUUUACCCCAUUGACAAGAGAACGGGCAAGCAGUUCAUGUGUAUGAUCAUGGCUGCCUCCGAGCCGCUGACUCUCGAGUGGGUUCGCAAACCCAACCUACUGGAGGACAUGAUGUGA